UCUAGCAGCACUAUAUUUCAUCCCUGUGUCCUCCUCCCUCUUGAGUCUUGAAUCUUGAGUCUUGAUCUGCUCGGACGUGAUUCUCCUUUUUCUUUAUUUCCAAAUCAACUUGCAUCAUCACCGGCAUUCGAGGGCUGUUGUAUUGAAUACGACAGUUUGUCAUUAGUCCUCUCCGCAUCCAAUAGCACCACCGCCGGGCUUCACCACCAUCCAUCAACCAGCGAAAGCAGGGAGACGGAGCAGAGACAGCACCGACUCGGAGGUACUCCGGAAGCUACCGAUCUACCAACGCAAAACGCGUCUCUUUCCCCCGAUUUCAUCUUCAACAACAGCCGGCCUGGUUAAUACGAAUCGGAUCUCUUCAAUACUUGUUUUUUCCUCUAGUUGCUGGGCUUCUUGUUUACCAUUCUGUUUACUUUCCUCGGAUUUCUUGUUUACUCUCAAAUAUUGAACCCCUCCGCUGCUGGUCAUCGCGUCUCCGAGAGGUACAUCCCCAAUUUGCUCGUCGCUCCUUCCCCCUCGAGCCCCUCCAACGACUUUCCCAUUCCAGUGGUUCUGUCGCCCCACAGCUGCCAGUAGCGCCUUCCAACUGUGCACCACCACGGAAUACUUCGUACACACUCUCACACACAGACCAAGCGUCGUUCCUGCCCGCUCCCGCGCUCUCAUCCCAUCACAUCGCCGCCAGCGCCUUUCCGUCUGCCGACUUGCCAAGGCUUUCCUCCAGAUAAUACCAAUUUUGAUCCCUUUGGUCACGGCCACCAUCCGUCGUCUCCAUCACCAAGAAUUUUGGAACUGGAACUGGAACCGAAUACUCCUUAUUGGAUCUAUUGAAUCUUGCUUGGAUCGUCAUUUUCCGUCUCGUCCCUGUCGUCGUCGUCGUCAGAUAUUUCGCCCACACGAGUCUGAAUUAAAAGGCAGACACCAGCCUGCAUUCUUUCAGCCAUCAACCCAACCACCAGCCAUCAAGCAAUCAAAUAAUCAAUCACCCACACUCUCUUCACCAUCGACACUUUAACCCUCGUGUUCAAUUCCGCCUUCGAUUCUGCCCGAAAGCCUCGAACCCUUGGACAAGCACCUGCUGCAUGCUGCAUCAUAGCGUGUGUGGUUCCCAAUCAAUCUCAUCCACCCAAUCCAGUCGACCCCAACUGCCCAACUUGGACGUCCCCUGCUUGCGGCUUUCCAUUCGCAGAAAGACAACCUGCACCGCCUCGCACCCAACUGCCACCGGACACACUGCCGACACUUUGCACGGUCGAGAACUUUGAGGAGGCAUCAAGUACCCGCUACCUCCUUCUCCGCGCAAUUUUGACCCGUCGGCCCACGUACCCCAUACUCUCCACCGCAUCGCCCUGAGAAGUGGAAAGCGGAUUCGACUUCGGAAAAGUGCAUUGCCAAAGCCUCGCUCACUAUACAACUUUGACCUUGCACACGGUUCACGUUGUGGCCAACCUUGGACGUUACCGAACCUUCUCUACGGGAUACGUUAUACGUUAGGGGACACUGCUUGACAACUGCCCUGUCGUCAUUUCCAUCUUCCCGGCACUCUGGUCCAGUAGAACAGUUCUCUGGACACAUCGCUUGUUGCAUCGAGAGACUCCAUUUCUAGGACCAUCCCGAUUCCUAAACACCUUGACGUCGGUACCUUGCUGCCCUGUAACGGCAAUAUCGACUUAAUUCAUCUGUCAGCGACACUUUGCGCCGGACAAACCUUCGAGUCUGGUCUCUCGCUCCGAGUUGAAAGGAGUGUCAAUCAUUUCCCCGUCUUCGACCGCCGCUCUCACGUUUUCGGACUUCGGAUCCCGGCCGAACAAAGCACACUGUUGCUGCUGACCAGCUGCUCUGCUCUGCUGCACACCCGACUGCAUCGCAACCGCCCCGCGGCCCCGAGAACAAUUAAUCAACAAUCGACAUUCGUCUUACACCGUCCGCUGGCUCGGAAGCUCUGGACUCGACCGCCCUCGUCGUUGCCAAUAAUUUCGAUCCUCAAACGGAUCAUCGCCGCCCUGCCGCUUCUACCGCCUUCAGGUAGAGCAAACUAAUACCGAUACCACACGGAUACUCCAUCCCACUCUCUCAUCCCGCUCGCUGCCGAGUAGCCUUGGACUCACGACGCACGACCCAACCGUCAAUCGUCGCUCGAUUAAUCAAUCCGAUCCAACUCAAAUCGCCGACCGUUGGCUCAAUCUGUCCUAGACAGUGCUUGACGCAUCAAGCUCAUUUCACGACGAGACGAGGAAAUCACAUCGCCGUCUUGACCCUUUCUCCUAAACUCAAACCCAAAAAACCACAGGCCGCAAUAAUCCCUGACUCGCCCCCGGGUCGAUUUACUUGACGCCGUCACCUCCUCACCCGCAACUCUUCCAAGCGCUUGGCAAACUCGACUCGGCUCUCAGCGUCCGUUUGCAGAACCUUGAAAAGUUGUCCUAUUCCUCCAUUCGUCAUAGGCCACCGGGCAUUUUCCAGAAGUUUGGGUUUUGGUCUGUUCACUGCCAUUGUCGUCGCCUUGAACAAUCGCAAAAGUCAUUAGCCUCCAGACUCCAACUUCUCUGUUUCCAGCAUCCAGGAAAUCCACUUGACCAGCGCCCUUUCGUCCUUCUUUGCCGACGUCGUUGGCGUCUACCAUUCUACUACAUUCACACAUCGCCACCUGCCGGAUACUCGCCGACAUCGCCGAAAUCGUUUUCUAUUCCGCUAUACCAGCACAUUCACAAUCAUUGCAACAAUACCCACAACACCGCAGCUAGACCAAUCUCUCCGUUGAUACCGACGAGAUUUACUUGUUUCCGUGUCCCAUCGACCGCAGCAUCUUUGCACCGCCAAGGCCACUUGCGAGAACCUCGCAAGCAACAAUAUUACAAUCUUUCGUCUGGGCAGACUCGGACCCUACGCGAACUCACUCUCCAAGAGGGUAGCGCCACAGUCCCAUCUCUGAUUUGAAGGUUAAAUACAGCAGCACGAGAAGCAAACCCACCGACUUGCAGCCGCUCGCACCGAGUCUGCAACCCGCGAGAGUCUAGAGAUCCAGACCCCUGCCGGCCAGUCCGCUUACCCCCCCUGCGACCUCGCUUCUUUUGGACAACUUUCUUGUCCAGUUCUGCUGGUGGUUUAUCGACACACCUCUUUUCCAUUCGGAGCAUCGUCCACGCCUCCCUAACCACCCCCUGCCACCCAAACCCAAGCACGCCCCUCCCCCCUGUUGGCCUUCACACCCCUGCACCCCUGGGAUCUACAGCAUUCCAGCCCACCCCAAGCAUCCAAGCCCCCCCAGCAGGCACUUCCGUCGGCGUCCUGCUGAGACUCCCCUAAAAAACUAACCCCCUACUACGCUAGCACUUGACUAGCGACCCCCUGACAACCUGCCCACUCAGCCUCGUGGACCGCACGUCACCCACUGACGACUGGCUGUUCCGCAUCCCUCUCUACCAGGCUCAUCCCCAGAGGCUGGCCCCAGCAAUUGCGACGAGGCACUCGAACUUCGCCGCACACCACGCUCGUACCCUCCUUUUCGUCUGAAUAUAUCAGCCCAGCCUGCCCUUCUACCAUUCUCUCUACUCUCCUCUUAUUUCGUCACUCUUCAACGAACUUCACCAACCAAACAACAAAAGGAACACUCCUUCUACACCAAGGAGCCCUUGACUGUUACUACGACUCCACUUGGAAUCAUCAUCUCCAUCUCCAUCCCUCACUACCAACCACCUCACCCUCAACCACAUUACACAUACACAAUGGAGUCAAGGUCACAUCUCAGCUUGGCCGAGCUCAACGCCGCCGCCCUCGACCACUUUGUCUACCAACCCGUCAGCAAGUCCAUGAUCUCGUACUUGGCCGGUGCCGCCUACAAUGUCAUCUCAUGCGACAGUGCUCUGAUGCCUCCCGCCUCCGCAGAGGCCCAACGUCAACAGCAGCUUCCCCCGACGCCACCCAGGACACCGGAGCCCCGCGCCGUUCGCACCGAAGACGCCGAUUUGCCUACCCUCGAGGCCUUCAUCACACAACUCGUUGUUUCCUCCAACGUUCAGGUUCCUACUCUGAUGUCUACCCUGGUCUACCUCACCAGACUCAAGUCCCGCCUUCAGCCCAUGGCCCGCGGUCUUCGAUGCACAACACACCGCAUCUUCCUUGCCGCCCUCAUCCUUACCGCCAAGUACCUCAACGACAGCUCGCCCAAGAACAAGCACUGGGCCACCUACAGCCACGUCAACAAUGAUUUCUCCAACUUUGGCUUCAGCAGAACGGAAGUCAACCUGAUGGAGAAGCAGCUUCUCUUCCUCCUCGACUGGGAGCUCAGAAUCACUGAGGAGGAUCUCUACCGCGAGCUUGACCCCUUCCUGGCUCCCAUCCGCGCCGAGAUCGAGGCCAAGCAUGCUCGCCGCAUCGCACGCCGCCGCAAGCAAGAGGAGGAGAUGCGCCGCAGACACGAGGAGAUGAUGUACAACACCUACCCCAGCCCCCCGUCAUCGCGUGCGAGCUCCCGCUCCCGCCUGGAAUCGCCCGACCACGCCCGCACUUACAGCGGAUCCUCCAUCACCCCUCCCGGUCUGUGCUACAGCAGCAGCUAUGGCAGCUCCGUCAGCUCCUACGCUCCUUCAGUGGCAUCGAGCCGGUCUCAAUCGCGUGCCACCACGCCUCUUGACAACCCCGCCGACGAGCCGUACAUGUAUGUCCCCAACGGUAGCUUGUACGAGUCGCCAGUGGAGGUGCACAUUGAGCAGCCUGCAUCAACGCUUCCGAAGCGCAAGCCUCUUUUGCCCUACGAAAUCAGCACCGAGGAGCUCCGCGACAUGCAAGAUGGCACAAAGGCCAAGAGAGCCCGCAUGGGCCGCGGGAUGUGGGGCCGCGUCUUCGGCGGCGCCGUGACUGUGCGGUAAACCUGCUGCGCAACACAAUUUUCACCUUUGUCACAGCCUCCAUUUUUACAACUUUUCUCACGUUUUGAGCCACCCCCCAAAAAAGCAUGGUGUUGGAUUGUGCUAUAGAGACAUCCGGGGGAACAGACUUGAUUUCACCAUCUUUUUUCCUUUUUCUUUUAUCCGAAGGCGUUGGUAAUGGACUGGUGGUACAUGGACUACGAAUCGAGGAUAGAGCAUCCUCGGGCAUUUGCAUAUAUGGAACGGUGUUGGGCGGACAUUUAUGAACAUGAUUUUUCUCUUCUUCUUUGGGUCAUUUGACGUCCUCGCAUGGUAGAGGGUCGUCGUGUGGGAUUAGGAUUGGGGGAACUGGCACGCCUCGGCUUAGACAGUCUGGCACAUACUUUAGCCUAGCAGCAGUACGCGGGUCACUCAUCGAAGUCGCGAAUGCCGCACUUGAUACCCCUACAAAUGAAAGCAACGGGC